AUGAACAAGCCUGUGUUUUACACUAAGGAGGUCAACCCGGUUGGCAAGAUCUCUGCCAUUACCUAUGGUGGCCCCAAAGUCGAUCCAGAGCAGCCCUCCCAAGAGUCCACCAAGCUCAGAGAGUCUGGUGUCAUCUUGGAGUUCCUCGCCGACCUCUUCCCAGAUUCCGGUCUGCUGCCCAAGGACCCUGUCCUCCGUGCUAAAGCUCGCCUCUUUAUCACUGUCAUCGACGGCCAAUUUUUUGAGGGCUUCAAGGGAUACUUCUUCAUGCGUGAGCCUGCCACCAAGCUCAUUGACGGUCUAGACGCACUCCAGAAGCAGCUCCCGGCCACUGGCUUUGCUGUCGGGGAGAAGUGGAACAUCGCCAACAUAACCAUCACACCUUUUCUGGCCUGUAUAUUUUUGUUGCUCAAGAACAAUUUGGGUGUGUAUCCUGCCGGCGAUGGCAAGAAGACUCUUGAGAUUCUGUGCGGCGAGAAAUUCGCUCGCCUCAGCAAGUAUUUUGAAGACCUUAAGGCUCAGCCAAGCUUCAAGGCUGUUUGGGACGAGGAUAUCCAAAUUACCUUUUGGAAGAGCAACCCUAUGUUUAAGCGCGAGUGAAAUGUUUUCCGUUGUGGGAAAAAUUGUUUGAAAGGAUGUAGCAUCAUUCCGUGGUUGUCAUGUAAAGUACAGAUAGGCUGGGAGACCAAGGAGCAAA